AUGCCAUCCGCCCCCCCCGCCCCUACCCUCCGCGUGCCCACUCCCUUGCCGCCUCUUUUGACCCUCCCUGCGCCCCUCGCCGUUUCCCACCGCCCGCCAUUCGCUCCUCCCCGCCCGUGCCCUCCCCUCGUUUACCUUCUCCUCCCCCCUCCCCUCCUCUGCUGCACGCCUCUUCCUUCCCCUCGCCGACCCACUCCACUCCCUGCCCCUCCUCAAUCCGCACCCUGCCCCUCGUUUCUCGCCCCCCUAUGCUUGGUUUCUCCCCUCCCUGCCCCUCGCCGCCUUUCUCCACUCCCCACCUCCCCCCUCUCCCUGCCCCCCCACUCUCCCCCCCUUGCCCUUGGCUUCCUACCUCCCUGCCCCACCUUUCCCCCCUAUGUGUGCUCAGCUUCUCCCCUCCCUGCCUCUCCCUCCUCCCCACGCUGCCCCUCAUUUUCCGCCCCCCCACGCCCGGUUUCUCCCCUCCCCGCACCUCCCUUUCUUUCUCCGUGCCUCUCCUUUGCUCCCUCCCUGCUCCCGCCUGCCCAUGCCCCUGUCUUUGGCUUCUCCCCUCCCUGCCCCACGUUUCUUCCCUCCCUGCCCCCCCUCUGCCCCUCCCUUGUCUUCCCCUCACCCAUUGCUUCUCCCCUCCCUGCCCUUGAUUUCCCACACCCCUGCCCUUGUUUCCUACCAUUCAGCCUCUUCCCUCCCUGCCCCUCCCUUCCUCCCCCCCUGCCCUUUGCUUUCCCCUCGUUACGCUCCCUUCUCCCCAUCCCUGCUGCCCUCUUACCACCAUCAGCCCCCCUCCCACCCUUCUCUCCCCCCCUCCCUCUCCCUCUCUCUCUAUCUCUCUCUCUCUCUCACACACACACACACACACACUCCCCUCCCCCACCCCCCACCCACAUCCUCCCAUUCUGCCCCUCCCUUCCCCUUUCCCACCCCCUCGCACGCCCCUCACCUCCCACCUCCGUGCAACUGUUUUCCCCCCUAUGGUGCCUCCCUUGCAUCGCUCGCCCCUCUGCUCACCCUCUGCCCGCCCCUUUUCCUUGCCCUCAGCUGGCCCAGCCCCUGCCCGUUGCUGCCCCUCCCCUUGCCCCCUCAACUCCCCUGCCCCCCGUACACCCCAGUCCCAUCCAACCGCCCCCACCCUCCCCCGGCUGCCCGUUUCCGCUCUCCACCCCCGCAACCGUUCACACCCCCUGCCCCCUUAUGCCAUCCGCUCCCCCUGCCCCUACCCUCCGUGUGCCCGCUCCCUCGCCGCCCCUUUUGACCCUCCCUGCCCCCCCGUCGCCGUUUCCCACCGCCCGCCGUUCGUUUCUCCCCGCCCGUGCCCUCCACUCGUUUACCUUCUCCUUCCCCUUGCUAACCUACUCCACUCCCUGCCUCUCCUCAAUCUGCACCCUGCCCCUCGUUUCUCGCCCCCCAGCACUUGGUUUCUCCCCUCUCUGCCCCUUGCUGCUUUUCUCCGCUCCCCUUCCCCCCCCUCUCCCUGCCCCCCCACUAACCCCCCCUUGCCCUUGGCUUCCCACCUCCCUGCCCCACCUUUCCCCCCUCCGUGUGCUCAGCUUCUCCCCUCCCUUCCCCCCCCUCCUCCCUGCCCUGCCCCUCAUUUUCCGCCCCCCCACGCCCGGUUUCUCCCCUCCCUGCACCUCCCAUUCUUUCUCCGUGCCUCUCCUUUGUUCCCUCCCUGCCCCUGGCCGCCCAUGCCCCUUUCCAUGGUUUCUCCCCUCCCUGCCCCACGUUUUUUCCCUCCCUGAGCUUACCUUGUACCCCCUCUGCCCCUCCUUUGUUUACCCUGCACCCAUCGCUUCUCCCCUCCCUGCCCUUGAUUUCCCGCACCCCUGCCCUUGUUUCCUACCAUCGGUGCCCCUCAUUUCCCCCCUCUGUAUGGUCAGCCUCUUCCCUCCCUGCCCCUCCCUUCCUCCCCCCAUGCCCUUUGCUUUCCCCUCGCUAUGCCCUCUCUUCCCCCUCACUGCCCCCCCAUUACCACCUUCAGCCCAUCCCCACCUCCAGCCCCUCUCCCCCCUUCUCCCCCCUCCCCCCCCCCCUCCACCUCUCUCUCUCUCUCUCUCUCUCUCUCUCUCUAUCUCUCUCUCUCUCUCUCUCUCUCUCUCUCUCUCUCUCUCCAUCCCUCCCCCCCUCACCCCCCUCCUCCCGUUCUGCCCCUCCCUGCCCCUGUUCCACCCUCUCGCACGCCCCUCACCUCCCACCUCCAUGCAGCUGGUUUCACCCCUCUGGUUCCUCCCCUGCAUCGUUCGCGCCUCUGCUCACCCUCUGCCCGCCCCUUUUCCUUGCCCUCAGCUGGCCCAACCCCUGCCCAAUGCUGCCCCUCCCCUUGCCCUCUCAACUCCCCUGCCCCCCGUACACCCCACUCCCAUCCAACAGCCCCCACCCACCCCCGGCUGCCCGUUUCCGCUCUCCACCCCCGCGACCGUGUGCGGCUUCCAAUCGCCCAACGGUCGUGCGCACGGGGCGUUUCUUCGCGCGGGCAAGCCUCCCCGGUGCCCCCCCACCCCGCUGAGUGGUCGUUCGGGCAAAAAAACGGGAACAAAAUAA